AUGUUUGUGGGCUUUGUGGUGUUUCUCGUCCCCGCGCCGGCGCAGGCCCUACAGGCGAUGAAGCGCGCGCUGGCCCCGGGCGGGGUGCUCGCCAUGUCCGUAUGGACGAGCAGCCAGUGGAUGGACCUAAUAUACUACCCGACCAAAGUGCGGCCGGACUUGGGCAUGCCGACGCUGCCGAGCACGUGGUCGUCCACGGACGGGGUCAAGGCGCAGCUGGCGACGGCAGGGUUCAAGGACAUUGAGGUUGUGGAGACGGAGGGCUACAUGCCCUUUGACGACCAUGCGGAGAUUUGUCGCUUCAUCUUGACCAAGAUGCCUCCCAGUGCGCGGAUGGUAGCACAAAUGACGGACGAGGAGGUGGUGCGGACGCAUGAAUUGAUGGUGCAGGAUUUGAGAGAGUGGUAUCCGUCCGUUCCGGCCAAGAUGGUCGGGAAGGCGACGAUUGCGUUUGCAAAGAAGUGA